AUGACUCAGGUUCCGAAGUCGUCAAUGCAAGACUCAAAAGAAGAUUUUGCUCGCCAUCACCAACAUCAUCAUCAGCAUUACCAUGCAUCUACAACUACCUCUGCCUCAGUCGUCAACUUUGCCUCGGCCAUCAACUUUGACCUAACCACCAAAGGAUUGACUACAAAAUCCGUUCAAUCUAGCACCUCAAAGAACUAUGAUCACCUCCACCAUGAAAACAUAGAUAGAUUGACCUGUGAAAAGAAGUUGAAUUCGGAUGCUCAACAUCAUUAUGACCACAAUACCUCUAUCUCUACAAUUGCUUCAACAACCAGUAGUACAGUUAGAGGUAUCAAUCUGCCUUGGGCUUCACAAAAAAAGAAGUUAUUUGUUUGCCUUCACCACGACUGGGGACAGAAAAAAUCUGAACAUCAUCACUAUGACAAUGCAUUUGCAACAGCAUAUACUUCUGCUUCAACUACCAGCAAAUCCACUAUAAGACGCGAGCAAUCCUCAACUCCCGAAGAAGUCAUUCCCGGUCUUGGGUUACAAGAUGAGCAACUGGCAGGUGUUGGAAGCUGGAUGGAAGAGUACGAUGAUAGUUGUGACGGAAACCAUCCAGAAUUCAAGCGACACCGUGGAGCCAAAGAAAAGGGAAAGGGAUGGUUAGGUAAUGAAGUAGAAUGA